GCUGAACAAGAGGCUAAUAUAACAAGAGAAGCCUACCAGAACUUGAAUACAAUGCUCUUGAAUGAUUUGUCUCAAUUGAUUGACUUGAGAAUAGCCUAUUUAGAUCCUUCGUUUGAAGCAUGCAUCAAAUCACAGCUCAAACUCAGUCAGGAUAGUUAUGGUGGGUUUGAAAAACUGAAAGAGUAUUUUCCCUCACAUCAAGAAGUGGUUGAUCACCGAGUUGAUCAAGUUAUACAGCAAAUGCGCGAAUUGACCAUCUGUGGCAACUUGUAAGGCGUGAGAUGCUCAUGUGACUAUUUUGUAUAUAUAUAUGCAUGCAUCAGCUAUUUUCUCUCUCUCUCUCUCUCUUUACUUUCAGAAUGUGUAUUUUGUUUUGGACUGUAGACAACCACCCGAAAUAUCGCUUACUAGUAUUUUUGCAGGCAACCGAGAUGAGUUUCUGGAAAGACCCACAGCAAGAGCUCACUUUUGGGACGAACCUCACCAAGACGUGUUGGCCGGUACUGAUCUCGAAGUCAACCUAGCAGACCGUCAUCUUAAGAAUGGUACUUGGUUGGGUAUUACUCGCCAAGGAAGAUUUUCUGCUCUUACAAAUUAUCGAGAAACAAACUAUACAGGCACUCUUUCUCGAGGAUUCUUGGUGCGUGACUUUUUGUGGGGCAAAGCAUCAGUUCAAGAAUCCAUGGAGACAGUCGAGAAACAAAUGCAAGAUUAUGGUGGCUUUAGUCUUUUGUAUUUUGAUUUCAGUAAAGAACCAACAGAAAUGGCUUAUUUGUCCAACAGAAAGAAUCAGCCGAUUAUCAAUUUGAAUACAAAAGAGGUUUAUGGUGUUUCCAAUUCGAUUUUAUCAGAACCAUGGCCAAAAGUGCAGAUGGGUAAAGAGCUGUUUGAAAAGAUCAUUCAAGAAUACGAUGGCCAUAAUGAAACAGAUCUUAUGAAUGCCUUAUUUGAACUAUUAAGUACAACAAAGCCUAUGAGUAAUGUGCAGGAUGUUGAUCAGAUAUUUGCUGAUCUGAAAGAGCGUAUAUGCAUUCCUAAAUUCGAUUGGCCAAAGUCUCUUAAUCUGAAAGACUAUACAUAUGGUACAAGAACAAGUACCAUUGUGUUAAUUGACCAUCAAGGCCAUGUUACUUUUGUCGAAAGACUAUGGCAUGAUAAAGAAACAUUUUCUCCUGCCAAUCCUAAUCAUUUUAAUGAUAUUAUUUUUCAUUUCGACUUGGUGUAAUAAACAAACCCUAUGACGCGACCCUACUUGUUUUUACAUAAUCUUAUGC